UAUUCACGUCAAUGACGUCAUAAAAAAUAAAGGUGAACAAAAUUGAAAUGGUGGUUGUGAGUGUCGGGCGUAGUGAAUCACGAAAAUAUCAAUAGAUAUUCCAAUUACUAUUGAGACAUUGUCAAAGUGCAAUCUUAAAUAGACAUACAUCCACAUAGAACGACGAAAAUGUCAGACAGGAGAGCAGAAAUAGAGAGGAAAAAGGCCAAAUUGCAGGCUUUGAGGGAAGAAAAAAGCAGGAUAAGACGUGAAAAAGAGCAGAAGGAUAUUGAAGAUGCCACUACACGCACUCUUAUUGGUGCUGGAGGCGACAGGAAAGAACUGGAUGAGAUGUUGAGUUCUCUAGGGGUUGCUCCGCUGUCAGAUGUACUUUCAAGCAUAUCUAGUGCCAAUUCUUUGACUCCAGAACAAAGUCGGAAUCAUACGCCUGAUGCCUCACUCCAACCAAAUAGUCUAACAAAUAGUGUCCCAAAUGCUAAGAAAAAACCUGUACAACUAACUGUUGUGCCUGUACAAACCACAAACAUUCCACCUAAAGAAAUAGUUUCUUAUACAAAGCAAACUCAAACCACCGCUUCGAGUCACGAGAGAGAUGGAUCUUCUUCAUCUUCUACCCCACUUAAAGGCUACAUUGAGGACUGGUGGAGACCUCGAAAAGCUCAUGCGACAGACUAUUACGACGAAUACAAUCUAAAUCCGGGUUUAGAAUGGGAGGACGAGUUCACAGUUUUGACCUAUGACGAUGGCCAAGGUGAAGACGAGGAGAGCAGCCUGCCGCACAUGGGGGGUUUCGGCAGUAAGCUUCCUCCCGGAAUCCUGCCUCAUGGACUACCUCAGGUCAAGGAGGUCCUACCCGCCAUCACAGCCGUUGAACAAGAGCAAGCCAAACAGGAGGUCAAAGAAGUGAGAGAACUGAGCGAAGAAGAGAAACAGAUGAUCAUAUUAUCAGAGGAAUUCCAACAUUUCAUCGAUAAGGCUGGCAGGGUUAUGGAAAGGGCCCUUUGUGAGUCCAUCGACAUCUAUACAGAUUAUAGUGGAGGAUUGGGAGAAGACGGGCUGGACGAAAAAUCUCAUCAGUGCAUCUCCCUCAACCGCACCUUCUUCGACGAGAGGUGGACGAAGAACAGGGUGGUUACGGCACUGGACUGGUGUCCCCAAUAUCCCGAACUGCUCCUGGCAGCUUACAACAACAACGAGGACGCACCCAACGAUCCGGAUGGUGUAGUGUUGAUAUGGAACACGAAAUUUAAAAAGAACACCCCGGAGUACAUUUUCCACUGUCAGAGUUCCGUGUUGUCCACCACCUUUGCGAGGUUCCACCCCAAUCUCAUAUUGGGCGGUACUUAUUCUGGUCAGAUAGUCCUUUGGGACAAUAGGGUACAGAAGAGGACGCCAAUACAGAGGACGCCACUGUCCACUACAGCACACACGCAUCCAGUUUACUGCAUGAGCGUUGUUGGCACAACGAACGCACACAACUUAAUCAGCAUAUCCACAGACGGAAGGCUGUGUUCGUGGUCCCUGGACAUGCUGGGGCAACCGCAAGAGAUAUUGGACCUUCACAAGGUACAGUCUAAGCCUGUGGCUGUGACCUGUCUGGACUUCCCCCACUCGGACGUGAACAAUUUCGUGUUGGGCGGAGAAGAGGGCGUGGCUUAUUCGGCCUGCAGGCACGGGGCUAGAGCUGGGAUCACGGAACUGUACGAAGGCCAUCAGGGUCCGAUAACGGGUAUCAGCGUCAACGCUGUUCAGGGAGGCAUAGACUUUUCUCAUAUGUUUUUGACGUCCUCCAUAGAUUGGACCAUAAAACUCUGGAGUCUCAAGGAAACGAAACCUAUUUACUCUUUUGAGGAUAAUGGAGAUUACGUGCUAGAUGUAAAAUGGUCACCGACGAAUCCAGCGCUCUUUGCCGCUGUCGACGGUAGUGGAAGGUUAGAUUUGUGGAAUCUGAAUCAGGAUACCGAAGUUCCAGCGGCUAGUGUGGUAGUAGAGGGAUGUCCCGCAUUGAAUAAAGUAUCUUGGACGCCAUCCGGCACACAUGUUACAGUAGGCGACAACCAGGGUAGGAUAUGGGUUUACGAAGUGUCUGAGAAUUUCGCCCAUCCGAGGCACGAUGAUUGGAACAAAUUCCUUUAUACAACGCAAGAACUGAGGAACAACCAAGUAGAAGAAGAGAUAGAAAAAUCACAGAAUCUCUCAAUCACUAACACCUCUCUACCAAAUCUAAGUUCUAUAACUUCGUCUCCUUCGCUUAGAUAAAUAAAUAAACUAAUUUUAGCUUAUGGAAAUAUACUAAAUUAAUUUUAUUUAUUAUUGUCCGGCUUAAAGUGUCAUACAUAAAUAAAUAUGUUUAGCCGAUAGAAAAGGACGAGGUCGUUAUUGGCAACUAUUUUCUGGCCUAUUUUAUUCUCAACUAACUUUUCUAUUACCAAAACUCAUUUCAAAAACGCUCAUAUUUUUUGUAUGAAGGAAAGGGUGAAUGAGAACUAAAUUGAAUAAGUGCAAUUUGAAAGUAGGAAUUUUCCAAAUGGAGACAGUUAUUUAAUUUUUUUUUUUUUUUUCAUAGUUGAGUUUGUUGACGAUGAUAUUAAGGGAGUGCCUUUUGAAGGGAAACGAGCCCUAUACUUGAAUGUUUGUGGGUUAAUAAAGAUGAUGAGUAUUUUUGUGAUACCUUAAGAAUUAAAUGAUUUUUUCGAAGAUGAUAGGCGAUAAGUAGCUAGCCUCAUGAAGACCAAUGAAAAAAGGUGAAAACAUUGAAAAAUUCCUACUUUAUGUUAGUUGGAACCAAUUAAGAAAUCAAUUCAAAUUGGUUUGCUUCAUUCGAUAUUACUUUUACCAAAUGAAGAAUCCAGUAUUUAAUAAGUAAGUUGUAUUUGUAUUUCAUUCAGUUUGUCAUCUCGAAAAAGAAAAAGUGAUGAAGAUCUUGGAGUUUUUGAGAUGAUAUUCCUGAAUGUUUUUCAAGUAAGAAGCUUCAACCACUUAAUUUUUUUAUUGAAAAUUUCUGCUUGUACAUAGCUAACUUAUUAUUGUUAUUUUUAUUGAUUUUUUUUAUAUUGUUAUUCUAUAUUGCAGAAUAAACAGUGUGAAUAAAUUUAUGCUAGGUCAAGUACUAAAUUUGUUGUAAUUAUUCUUUGUAUCCUGUGGAUAUAGCGGUGUAAAGUAUCUGUUGGAAUACAUAGAUUGGAAUCAAUUGUUUUUUUUUCUAUUCUGUCUACAGAGUGUUGUGAUCGAUAAUUUUAGAAUAGUUACCUCUAAAUUUGGCGAAAAAGAACGUAUUUUCUUAUACUCUUGUUUGUUUCAAUUUUCCUCUUCAAUGAAACUUUUAUUCAUUUCGUACCCUACUGACCUACUAACUCGUCUUUACUAUUUUCUAACUGCUUCUUCUCUGAACAAGAAUGAGAUUAUGUAUAAAUAGCAAGAAUAAAAACAAAUAAUUUAUCGAA